AUGAGCAUUGGCUCAUGUGACUGUUCACGUGACCUCUUGUCUGAAUGGCAGCAGUGGGUGCCGACGAGGAGCGGGUAGUUCUCUGACUGACAGUUCGAGGAGACACACAGCUUAAGAAGUCGUUACAUCUCCAACAACAGCUUGAAAACUAGCAGCAGGCAACAUGUCACAAGCAGCCGUCCUCUUAUUGGCUGCCACCUUGUCGGUGAGCAUGGCCAAACCCCCCAUCCACCCACUGUCCAAUGAGAUGGUGGACUACAUCAACAAGAUGAACACUACCUGGAGGGCUGCUCAAAAUUUCCCCAACGUCGACUACAGUUAUGUUCAGAAACUGUGUGGGACAAUACUGAAGGGACCCAAACUUCCUGUCAUGGUUCAAUAUGCUGGAAAUCUGAAGCUGCCUAAGGAAUUUGACUCCAGGGUACAGUGGCCUGACUGUCCCACACUGAAGGAAAUCAGAGACCAAGGCUCAUGUGGCUCGUGCUGGGCAUUUGGUGCCGCAGAAGCCAUAUCUGACCGUGUGUGCAUCCACAGUAAUGCCAAGGUCAGCGUAGAGAUCUCAGCAGAGGACCUGCUGACCUGCUGCGAGGAUUGUGGCAUGGGAUGUAACGGUGGCUACCCUGGAGCUGCCUGGGAAUUCUGGACUACAGAUGGACUCGUCUCUGGUGGACUCUAUAACUCUCACAUCGGUUGCCGUCCCUACACCAUCGCACCCUGUGAACACCACGUCAACGGUACCCGCCCUCCCUGCACUGGGGAAGGUGGAGAAACACCCAAGUGUGUUUUCAAGUGCGAACCCGGAUACUCCCCCAGUUACACGAAGGACAAGCAUUAUGGUAAAACAUCUUAUAGCGUGAUGUCAGAUGAGGAGCAGAUUCAGUCUGAGAUAUUCAGCAACGGCCCAGUAGAGGGAGCAUUCAUCGUAUAUGAAGACUUUGUUCUUUACAAGUCAGGGGUGUACCAGCAUGUGUCUGGGUCCAUGCUGGGUGGGCAUGCCAUAAAGAUACUUGGCUGGGGGGAGGACGAUGGUGUCCCCUACUGGCUCUGUGCCAACUCCUGGAACACUGACUGGGGUGAUAAUGGGUUCUUUAAAAUCCUACGUGGAUCAAAUCAUUGUGGCAUUGAGUCUCAGAUUGUAGCGGGCAUCCCCAAGUAGAACCAAAGGUUUUUGAGUGUCGUCUUUCAAUAUGUACUCACCAGAGGGCGACACACACCACCUUCCUGCACUGGAAUUUACACCAUGUGGUUAGUUUGUAGUCAUGCAGUUAAAGCAUCAUUGAUUAUUUGCAACAAAACAUUGAAGAGUUUGUAUUUUUAGGUGCCUCUUAGAAUGUCUGCAACCACUGUAUGUGCCUGAACACGACAUGUUCUCUCCUUUGAAAAAUAGUAGCUCAUAUGAAGUUUGCACAAGUGGACAAUCACAAAUGUGCUUUUCACGUUGUCUUUGUUCAUGUCUGACUUUGUAUGUGUUAGUAUGUGUCAAAAGUUUUAUCAAUACAGGUAUUAUAUUACUGCCAGUUUUAUUGUUCAGUGCCAUUGUUACUCUGUAGGCAUUUUAAUUGACCUGUUAAGGCUUUUAAAUGUCAUCACAUGAGGAAUUAAAUGUCUUUUAAUAAGGGUUGAAGUAAAGUUAGUGUUUUAUCUGCCUGCAAUGAUCAAAGUCUUGGUAUACACCUGUUGGUAAAAUACAUGCUCUGAAUUAAAUGUGUUUGGGUUUCAUUGUGAA